GCCCUGCAGAGCGGACCGCGCACCCCUAACCACGACAAACUCUAAAACUAUCACAUUCUAAAUUCAAAUAGACGUCAAACAGUUAUCUUUUUAAUUUUUUUUUUAACUAUCCAGCCAGUACAGAAGUGUGCCCAGGGGUGUCGCCGGCUGAGUCAGCAGGAGCACAGGUAAACAAAAGGAAUUUCAAUCAAAAUAUAAAAUAAUGAACAUCUUUAUUUAUCCGGAAUUAUUUCUGGUUUGUGUGUGAAAAUGGAAGCAGCAUUACCACAUUUCCAUCGGCUUGCAACUUCUCGAUUUUAUCAGCAGUACGCUGCACCACCCGUUCGCAUUUCGAGCAAUUACCUUCAUGAUUUAAUACCGCAACAACAUCCAACCCUCCUCCAACAAUAUUUGGCUUACUACAAUGAACCUUUAGUGCCGCUUGACUUAUCACUCAAGUCUACCACUCCAAUCACUCCACCUUGCACUCCACCGCCAUCGCAGAAAAGAAAAUCACCCGACGUCAAUAAAAAUGACAAACCAAUAAAGAUAUUCAGACAUUUCGAAGAACCUGACAUCAAUGUUAAUGAGGAGUCACAGGAAAAAACACAAAAGAGAAAGACCGAUGACGAAAUUUCAAACGACAGCGAUAGUCCCGAAGCUAAAAAACUUAAAUUUACAAAACAAUUUUUCGAGGAACUUCGAAGUUGUCUACCCAAUAAAGGUGGCGCCGAGAGCGAAAGAAGUUCACCCGAUGUCGUUGAAAUUAAAGAUGUUGAAGAACGACCGAAAAAGUCACCGAAACCACAACAACCACUGAAGAAGAGUAAAGUCGUUAGGCGUUUAAUGUUUGACGAGGAUAAAACGUCACCAGUGUCUGGAACAAUUAUACGUGAUCUCGCUGAAGAUGAAACUCUAGUGGUUCGUAAGGGUGAUAUAGAUCCAGCUUUCAAUGUUGUUGAAGUAACUGAAGAGGCGAAAGCCCUAAUUGCUACAAUCGAUAAUAAACUUGGAAGAUAUAUCUGCAGACUAUGCCGACGACUUUAUAGCGACGCGUUUGCGUUAGCACAACACCGAUGUUCCAGGAUCGUCCAUAUUGAAUAUCGUUGUCCAGAAUGCGAUAAGGUAUUCAACUGUCCAGCAAAUUUGGCAUCCCAUCGUCGUUGGCAUAAACCACGCGUUCCUGGGGGGAGUAAGCGACGGGAGCCUUCUACUUCUGACGCUGGUCGCUUUCCUUGUCAGAAAUGUGGCAAACUAUUUAGGCGACAAGCUUAUUUGAGAAAACAUCUUCUUGCGCAUGAACAACCCGACACUGAAUCUGAGAAAGAACCGUCGGCUUUCCGACAAGUCCACGUGGACUAUUCCACUUAUCAAUCUCAGGAACCAACACGUGACAGUAACUUCAAUACGUUUUGGAACAAAAUGCCUUUGGUGGAACCUACUUGGGAAGAAUCUCGGAAUCGUUGCCCUUCAAAUUGUUCCUCAGAAGAUUCUCGAAGCUUGGAUGUCACGGGGUCGGAGGAUGAAGGCGGUGGGAUGCAGGAAGGUAGGGACGGGUGACGUCAUGUUCUGCGGCCGGUGCCGCGUUUCCCUUACAACAUUUCCAACACGCUGUAUCCGUAUUCGUCAUAUGGACACGAUAGCGCGGUUUACUUCUCGUAGAUAAAGUGAAUUCGUUUCUUCGUUACAUUUCAUUGAAAACAAAUAUUACAUUAAAUUAUUAUUUAGUUUUAGAUACUUAAAGUAAUUGUAAAUGCGUGUGUUUGAUCUUUAACUAUUCC